AUGCGAUUUUUUAAUAGGGAAAACAGGAAUGAGGUUGUUGGCAGUUAUGAUAAGUUGCAAAGUAAUAAAGGAUUAUUGUGUUAAAGAAAAGUUGGAAGUUUUAUUUGUGUUGUUAAAAUGUAUAUUCUAGUCAUGAGUAUUUAAAAGUUAAUUUUAAAGUAGGGAACAAGGUUUUCAAAGAACUGUAGAUGCUAGCUAUGUCAAGAGUUACUGAGAGUAAUGUUUAUGAGAAUGAAAAUUUAGAUGAACGUCUGAGUGCUAAGAACGGAAGGAUUCUUUCAGACUGUGAGAAUAGCGUUUCAAAAAGAAUCAAAAUCGACAUGAUUGACGAUUCAGAUAGUGCUUUAAAAAGAACAAACUUUUCCGCCCACGAACCAAACAAAGGUGUGAUAGUACAUGCAAAGCCUGGAGUUGCCAGAAAGUUGGUGAUAAAAAAUUUCAAAGAUAAACCUAAACUUCCUGAUAACUUUGAAGAGAAGACGCGUGAGAAGUUGAAAGAUGCAGUAAUGGCUAUUUUGAAGUCCAAACCAAUUCGCUACAGCCUAGAGGAGCUGUACCAAGCAGUAGAAAACAUGUGCAAUCACAAGAUGGGGUCUGCGUUGUACACAAACCUAGCAGGUCUCAUAAAGAGCCACGUGAAGUGCAGCUUCAAGCAGUUCCAGUCGGAGGCAAUGGACCACCAGGUGUUCCUCCAGAAGAUGAACGCCUGUUGGAAGAGCCACUGCCAGCAGAUGAUAAUGAUUCGCAGCAUCUUCCUCUAUCUGGACCGAACCUACAUCCUGCAGUCUCCUGCCAUUCCUUCAAUUUGGGACACUGGCCUGAACCUGUUCCGGAUCUACGUGCGCCUCAACGAGACGGUGGAGACGCGCACCGUGGACGGCCUGCUGAUGCUGAUAGAGAAGGAGCGGCAGGGAGACGCCGUGGACCGCACGCUGCUCAAGUCGCUGCUCCGGAUGCUGUCGGACCUCGGGAUCUACACGGACGCCUUCGAGCACAGGUUCCUGAUGGCCACCAAGAUGAUGUACGCGUCGGAGAGCCAGCGCCUGAUGCAGGAGCUGGACGUGCCGGAGUACCUGGCGCACGUCGACAAGAGACUGCAGGAGGAGAACGACAGACUGCUCCACUACUUGGACAAGCAGACCAGGCGCCCGCUCGUCAGCGCGGUGGAGGAGAAGCUGGUGGCAGACCACCUCACCAACAUCCUGCAGAAGGGCCUCGACGCGCUGCUGGACGAGAACCGCAUCGCUGACCUGACGCUGCUGUACGGCCUGGCGAGCCGCGUGCAGAACGGCGUGGCGGAGCUGUGCGCCAGCUUCAACGCCCACAUCAAGCGCACGGGCCGCACCAUCGUGAUCGACCCGGAGAAGGACCGCACCAUGGUGCAGGAGCUGCUCGACUUCAAGGACACCAACGACCACAUCGUCCAGAGGUGCUUCCAGAACAACAAGAAGUUCGCCAACAGUCUGAAGGAGGCGUUCGAGCACUUCAUCAACCUCCGCGUCAACACGCCCGCGGAGCUCAUAGCAAAGUUUGUCGACUUGAAACUCCGGGCAGGAAACAAAGAGUCCACGGAAGAGGAAUUAGAAAAAUUGUUGGAUAAGAUAAUGGUUCUGUUCCGCUUCAUUCAUGGGAAGGAUGUGUUUGAGGCAUUCUACAAAAAAGACCUGGCCAAGCGGCUGCUGGUGGGCAAGUCCGCGAGCGUGGACGCCGAGAAGAGCAUGCUGUCCAAGCUGAAGCAGGAGUGUGGCGGGGGCUUCACCUCCAAGCUGGAGGGCAUGUUCAAGGACAUGGAGCUCAGCAAGGACAUCAACAUAGCCUUCAAGCAGCACGCAAGCCACACCCGGCACCCGGAGCUGUCCAGCAUCGACCUGACGGUGAACAUCCUGACGAUGGGCUACUGGCCGUCGUACCCGGCCAUGGACGUGACGCUGCCCGCGGAGAUGGUGCGCUACCAGGACAUCUUCACGCGCUUCUACCUGGACAAGCACAGCGGUCGCAAGCUGCAGUGGCAGCCCACGCUGGGCCACUGCGUGCUCAAGGCGUCCUUCCCGAACGGUAAAAAGGAGCUGAUGGUGUCAUUGUUCCAAGCUUUAGUGCUCCUGCCAUUUAACGAGUCUGACGAGUUGACGUUUGCCCUGCUGAAAGCAAUUACAAACAUCGAGGAUGACGAACUGAGACGGACUCUGCAGUCGCUGGCUUGCGGCAAAGCCAGGGUGCUCCAGAAAACUCCUCGCGGGCGAGACGUGGCCGACUCGGACAAGUUCCUGUUCAACAAGGAGUUCACGAACAAGCUGUUCAGGAUCAAGAUAAACCAGAUACAGAUGAAAGAAACGACGGAGGAGCAGAAGGCUACCGAGGAGAGGGUGUACCAGGACAGGCAGUACCAGAUCGAUGCCACAAUUGUCCGUAUCAUGAAGAUGAGGAAGUCUCUGUCCCACAACCUGCUGAUCAGCGAGCUCUACAACCAGCUUAAAUUUCCUGUUAAGCCAUCUGAUUUGAAGAAGCGCAUUGAAUCGCUGAUUGAGAGGGAUUACAUGGAUCGGGACAAGGACGAUUCCAAUCAGUACAAUUAUGUUGCAUAAUCAGUAAAUCUGUUUGAAUUCUUAAUAACCUUAUGAAGCAAAAGAACUACAGUAGGUCAGAAAUUAUUGAUUUAUAAUGCUUCUUGCGAAGAUACUUUUGUUGUUCAAUUUUGUAGAUAGCUGUGUUUUCGAGUAAGUUUUUUUUUUCUUCUGCAAAACAAAGAUUUUCAUAGGUGAAAUUGUAUCUGGUUUAACUGUUAACAACAACAUAAUAUCAGGUACUUUGUUUUAAUGUUAUUGACAUUGGUAUAAAAUUUCAAUUAUUUAAAAUUAGAAUGAAUUAUAACUAUUGUACCUAAAGAUUGGAUAUUACGUUUCAAGUUCUGUGGUUGCUAUAAUUAUAGAAUUUGUUGUUAGCAUGAUUAUGUUCAGAGUUGUGUAAAUAUAUUUUUUUUUCAUGUAUCUUCCUGUAUUUUGAAACAUACCAUGUGUGUCUUAUUUAGAUCUGUGUCUGCUUUAACAUGUACAUAGACAAUCAGCUAUCACUGUUUUUAGCAUGUGGAAAGUUAUUUAACAACUUUAAAUUUAAUAUGUUGUGUGGUUUUUUAACAUUGGAAAGUGUUUUAAAGAUUUUUUUUAAAAGAACAAGUUAGUGGUCAAAAUAUUUGUCGUUCCCUGUUCUGUUUGCAGUAUCUGGUUAUCCAUAUGUGAAGAAAGUUUCUCACUUCUAGUUUUUUUUAUUUGGUAACGUGGUGGUUGCAAGCGUUUCAGGUUCAAUAUAUAUCUUAGUUGUGAAUUUUUGCACCAAGUGUUCCAGAACUCACCAUAAUCUCAGGAGUCCCAUCACUUUAGCCCUCUGUGCAUAGUCGUGAUGUGUAAAAAUUCUGCCUUGAAGUUUACCUUCAGUCUUCUAUGUUUUGGUUACUACCUAAUCUGUUUAACUAUUUGUUACAAAUUUUAGUUAGUUUUUUAAAUUUAUUUUUCUCUGAUUUAUUUAUUUUUAAAGCGAAAGGAUGAUGACUAUUUGUCAAACCUAACUGGUUAAAAAAAAUUUAUAGUGAGAAAAAUUGAAAUUGCUUCUACACGUGUCCUGGCCUGUGUUCGUUAAUGUUAAAGUCUUUUUUAUUUAUUUUUUGUAAUCAAAUUGCAUUAUAUUGUGUGUGGGCUAAUAUUCCUUUGAUAUUCGUUAAGUGUUUUCUGUUCAGAUACGUACAUAGUUUUACAGAAUACAUUUUGAGGAAACUGAAACUGGCAUGAUGCUAAAGCAUUCUGUAUUUUUUUUUAUCAACACAAGCAUCUUGCAUCUUCUAGUUUUUUUUGCUUUUUGCUACCCUGCUUAUACCAGAUUCAGUUUACACCAGUUUACUUAGCCGAAAUCUCCUUAAGAGAAUAAUGAACUAUAGCUGGGCGGGAUCCCGGUCAUUUCAGAAUGUUUUGGGAAAAACUGGGAAUGUGUAUUUCCCAAAAUGUCUUGUCAGGAAAUUACUUUUCCCUUAUUCCAAAAUUUAUUGUAGUAGUAUACAUGUCCAUUUUGCAUUUUCCAAACUUGUUAACAAACUAUUGUCAAAAAAAAGCACUGCACUCAAACCUAAUCGACACGUGAUCGAAAAACACACCAUUUUUAGCAGUAAAAAAAUAUUUGAUGCAAAAAAAUAUUCACAGGCACAAUCUUAAACAAGCACUUUAUGCAGCAUUUUAAACAUAACCAAAUAUAAUCAGUUAUUUUACUACCGCCGUGAAAUGGUAGCAGAAAAAAAUCUCAUCCGCAGUUGAAAAUACAGAUUUUAAACACAUUAAUAGCGUGAUAAACUGUUAUUUGAAUGUUUUCGUAUCAUAUACUACUUAAUGGUAUCUGAAAAAAAUAAACAAAAUUGUGUUCGACCAUGGACUACGUAAACGAAAACACAGGAACUGUUGUGCUAUGGACUUAAUGUGAACACAGCAAUUGAAAGGAUGUUUUAAUCAAUAGUUGUGAUAAGUCUGCCACCAUAUUCGCACAUCAGUAGCUUACUUGCUGCAUUUAUUUAUGAGACUUUAUACAUAGUGACUUGCACUUUGAAAACAACAUAACUAUUGUAAACGUAAAUAAAAGUUUUAGAAUCAAGAGUAAAUUCAUUGUUAAUAUGUUUAUAAUAUGUACGGAUGAGUAUGUGGGCAUCGUAAAUAUCUAUAUAAAAAAAAUGAAUAUUUUAAGUUAAAUGUGUAAAUAUGAGCUAAUUUAAUCACUAUUUCGCAAAUUAGGCUUUUUGUUUUAAUGUUAACCUUAUUUUGUGGUAUAUUACAGUCUUUGAAAAAUAGCUGCCUCUAUAAUUGUAUAACCACUAGGUUUUGGCCUACACAAUUAAAAAGGAUAUUUUUCCUUGAAAAUAAUAUGGACAUUUUUGAAAUUUGUAACACAGAUGAUUAUGAUUACCCAUCCCACACCAUUUCCCUCUUUGAAUUUUUUUUUUAAUGUAAUUUUUCCUAGCCAUAAAUUUUUUAUCCCGCCCAGCUGUGCAAUAAAAUAAUUUUUCGGUUGCCUACCAAUCUAUCUACACAAUGGAUAUUAUAUCAAUCUUGAGUGGGAAAUUUUUUUCUCUCUUUUAUUAUGUACAUAUACAAUGAAACCUUUUUAAUACAAAGCAAUUUUUUUCUAGAAAUAAUUUUUAUUUUUGUGUUAUGAUUUAUAAAUUUUUAUGGAAAUAAGUUUACUGGUUAGUUUUUGUGUUUUGUUGUGUUUAUAUGGUAAGUUGAUACCAUUACACAUGUUAUGUCGAAGCCAAUACUAAACCAUCUAAUAUUUCAGAUGUUACAAUCAAGUUGUCAUUAAUGGCAUACAAUUAUAGGCUCUACGUAAAAUGUUUUCUAUCCUGCAGUGUUGGCAUUUCUUAGUUUUUAUUUUUUUAUCGGAAAAUUAACCAAGCACAUUUUUCAUACACAAAUAUAAAUUUGUUUUUGCAAUACAUAGUUUUAAAUUGUUAAAAACUGAUCAAUUUUAUAAUGUAGUCUAGUUCUUUAGGCAUCAUGUAUGUGAUACCGUUUAUUGUUUACUCUAAAUUAAUUAAGUCUUAAUUAAGUUAAUUAAGUGUUAUUUAGUCUUAGAUUCAGUCAAUAGCAUUUAUAGUUUGGCUUUUACCAUUAAAAAGAAACAGAGAUUUUCCACCGAAAUGCAUGCAGAGUUUCCAUGGAAAACAUUUAAUCCUAAAACUCUUGAGUUUUUAUAUUAUUUUUGUUUUUUUUUAAGUAUAUAUAAUGUAGAUUAAAAACUUUUACACCUA